AUGCAAGUGGAUACAAAUGGGGAGUGCUUGGUGAGAGGAGCUGGACUAAUGCGCGGGUAUUUAAACAAGGAGAAAGGUACUGUAUUCUGCGCUUCAGGACAAAACAACUGGUAUCCCACCGGCGAUCACGUUCUUUUGCUCAAGAAUGAGGAUGUGGUAUUUGUAGGUCGCAAAGACAACCAAGUUAAAAUUUCGGGACAUCGCGUUGAGCUGGGCGAGAUUGAGGCGGUUAUUUACCGUAUACCUCAAGUCAAGCAGUGCAAAGUUCUUUGGCAAGAAGAAGAGCAGACACUAUUAGCGUUUUGCUUGGCCAACAAUGGCGAAGUAGUGAUAGCGGAAGAAGUGCUCAAACACUGCUUUACACAGCUUCCCAAGUACAUGGUCCCUAAUCACGUGAUAGUGCUGGACGAGUUUCCGCUUACCAAAAAUAGUAAGACUGACAUGGAACAGCUUACGCAAAGGUGGAAGCAAAGGAGGCGAAAGUCAGCCAUAGUCGAAGGAGCAGAAACUAUAUUAGGACAUGCAGUAGACCCGAAUCUGGGUUUAUUUGGAAAUGGAGCAACAACAUAUCAAGCGAUUCUCACUGCAAAGCUUUUGGAGAAAAAUGGAAAGUUUGUGAAUGCAGCUGAGUUACUUCAGUAUCCCUUGGCUAACCAAGGUGACCAUUUCAAAGUGUUCAAGAACGAUGAAAAUCUGAAGGAAAAACAUACGGCCAGCAAACGUCUGAGAAAUAUCUGGGCAAAAGUUCUGAAACACGACAAUUUUGAUCAAAACGACAACUUUUUCUUGGUUGGAGGCCACUCGCUCCUCCUGCUCAAAUUACGCUACGAGUUAAAUCAAGAAUUCAAUACCGCACUCGGCAUUCAGGAUCUCUUAAACGCUUUGGUAUUCUGCCAGAUGGUGGAAAUGUUGUGCACGAAGAAGUCCAAUGUCAAAAUUGUCGAUCUCAUCUGUUCUUCUCCUAAUCCACGAAAAACCCUUGUGUUCGUCCACCCACUUUAUGGUGGCAGCAUUCCUUAUGCAACUCUGAUUCAACAUAUUCGACAACGAGAACAUUACAGUGUUCUUACAGUUCAGCAUCCAAACACAUUUGGGUUUGAGAGCGAUGAUCCCAAAUUUUUCGAGAGCGUUCAGUCACUUGCGAGAAGCUACGCAUCAGAGGUAAGUGAUCUUCAAACGGCUGUAAUUUAA